CUUCUAGAGUGAAUGCCUGCAACUGAUGAAAGAAACUGCAGCCCUUUCAGUGACAGAGAUGAUCAGUUUGCUACAGAUGGAUUUAACAGCAUACCUAGUUUACAGAUAUGGAUUCAGACUGAACUGAGGCUGAGAGAAAAGUACAAUUUCAGAAAGAAGAUGCAUGAGACUGGACAUUUGUUCCUUAAUAUUUAAUAUGUAAACUUUUCAAAAUGUGCACUUCUUGUGUUGCUUUGCAUUGAAAAAGCAACCAUCUCAAGUACACAGAAAAUGAAGAUAGCUGUUGAUCUAGAAAACUGGAGGAUAUUGUUCAACUUUAAAGCUGGUUUUCAAGCCUGACUUUCAGCUUUCUGGAAAAAGUACAGAGUUCAUCUAAGCCGCACGAAAUGCUUAUUUAUCUAUUUAUGUUUGUAUUAAUUCUUAACUGUACCAGAUGAUCAAAUCCAAAGAGAGAAAGCUCAACAUUUGAAACUGUUGUUUUUUUUUAACCAACAGUAAGAAAUAUGAACAGCACAGCAAAACUUCAAAAUGUCACAUUAGCCAUGAAUGGCUCAGACAUCAGCUUGGCCAAUGACUUUUCUGUGAUAUUAAAAAUUAUUGGGAUGAUAGCCAUCAUCCUUAUUAUUGUCAUUGGAAACCUGCUUGUUAUCAUUGCCAUCACCAGGACUCCUCGACUUCAAACUAUGACAAACAUUUUCAUCACUUCUCUGGCAUGUGCUGACCUAAUCAUGGGACUACUGGUGGUGCCGCUUGGGGCUACUAUUGUGGUAACAGGCCAUUGGCAAUUAGACACCAAGUCCUGUGAACUUUGGACAUCAGUUGAUGUCCUUUGUGUGACAGCUAGCAUUGAAACUUUGUGUGUAAUAGCUGUGGACAGGUACAUUGCAAUCACUUCCCCCUUGAGGUACAAGACGCUUUUGAAUAAAAUGCGAGCACGGAUAGUGGUGUGCAUCAUAUGGGCUGUAUCUGCUUUUAUCUCAUUUCUCCCCAUUAUGAAUCAUUACUCGAAGGACAUGUAUGACCCGGAAGCACUGAGUUGCUAUAAUAACACACAGUGCUGUGACUUUAUAACUAACAAACCCUACGCUAUUGCCUCAUCUGUUGUCUCUUUCUAUGUACCGCUGCUAAUAAUGAUCUUUGUUUAUUCAAGGGUAUUUGUCAUUGCCAGCAAACAAGUGCACCUUAUUGAACGAAGUCGUAUACGCUUUCAUGAGAGUGGGGAACCCCCCUCACCAUCUAACAUAAACCCCAACAACAUACAGGGGAGCUCUGGCUCAAUCUCACUGACAGCAGGGACUCGUAGGAAGAACUCCAAGAGACGACCUUCCCGUCUGGCUGCCAUUAAAGAGCACAAAGCUCUCAAGACUCUUGGUAUAAUUAUGGGCAUUUUUACUUUAUGCUGGCUGCCAUUCUUUGUUGCUAACAUCAUACAAGUAUUCAAUAGGGAAAUACCAGAAAAGAAAAUUUUUCUUCUACUGAAUUGGUUGGGCUACAUCAAUUCUGGCUUAAACCCCAUAAUCUAUUGUCGGAGCCCAGAUUUCCGCAAAGCAUUUAAGAAACUGUUGGGUUGUCCAUGGAUUAAUGGAACAGUGCUUCAUGUCUUUUCCAAGGAGAUGAGGGCACGAUGCUCAUGCCUACAAGAGACAGAUAUUAAAGGACAAGUUGGAAGAACAUGCGAUAGUGAAAAUGGAAACCACAGUUUAAAGACAUCAUGUGAAAUGCAAAUAUCGAAGACAAAAGAGGAUGGUGAGGAGAGUUUGGCAAGUAGCAGGAGUAGCAGCCGCAGCGAUGGUGCCUCAUCUGGUCCAUCAUAUGUUAAUGGGAACAUAAGUGUCAGAACCUUCACAGUGCCAGAGGGAGAAAUAGAAUCCACAACUGACCAAUAGGGUGUUCAUUUGGACAGGAGGCAAAGGAAACAAAGGUCAAUACAAAAUGGACUGCUAUGACUGGAUAACACUGGGCUGACGUAAAAACAAGUGGACACAUUGGGAUUGUUUAAAUUACAUACUCUAUCUUUUACAAGUAAAGAAGCAACCUAUAGUAGGGAAGACCAAAAAUGAAAACACAGGACAGAAAAGAAAUGCUGCACCUUAUAGGUCACGUCUUUCUUCACUUCAGCCAAGAAACAGAAGUCUUAUUUAUAAACAGCCGUCAAAAACACAUUUUGAGAAAAGAUAACAUGUAUAGUAAAAAUACUAACCUUUCUAUUGUUCAGGCUAAGAAGAAAAAGAAUGAAGAAAAGAUAUAUUGUAAAGGUUCAAAAUCAUAUUCCAUGCUUCUUCCCCUAAACUCAGAAACAUUUCGGCCUCUGAAUGUACAGCUUGAAUUCUUUAAGAAGGUGGUUGCACAUGAAUGCUGUUAAGUAAGAAAUGUAGCUGUAUCGCACAAUUUCAAAAGAGCUACUUGCUCUUAUUUUCAUAGUUGAAAAAUUAAUUAUCUAUAUUUUAUUUUGAGUUAGAAUGUGUGUUUCUAAGAAUGCAAUACUGUAUAUGCUUAUCAUGUUAUAGCUUUACAGCAGAGCUUUUCCUUUUGUUAAUCUAAAUAAUUGUUAAAAUUCACACUGAUGUACAGUAUCUUCACCCUCUUGCAUUCACAUUGCAAAGCUCACAGAGAUAUCAAGUGUCUUCAAGUGUCUUCAUUAUAAUUAGGUUUUAAACAACAACAAGCUAAUACCUACCUAAAUAAAUUUUUAAAUUUACCUCCAAAUGAAAUUAAUCAAUUAAAUGUAUCAAUAAUAUAUGGAUAAGUCAAUUAAGUUGGAAUAAAACCCAAAAGAAUACAACAGGUCUUGACAAGCAUGGCCAAAUAUCUGUGAUGGCUUAACAAAUAAAGCAUGCAAAAUAUAGUUUUAUAUUCUCCAUGUCUGAAAAAAAUGACCAUUUAAUAAUUUUGUCAUGUUUAUUUUAUAAGAAAAAGAAAUAUGGUGAUGCACUUAAUACCAGCAUAAGUGGAGUACUCUCUAGGGAAAAUAUAAUAUUGCAAGAGGAAGGCAUGGGAGCCAUCAAUAAUCUAACAAAUACAUAUUCUCUGCAACAGAAUAUGUUGAAAUUUAAUUUAAAUGAUUUCAAACUGAUCCUACAAAUACUCCACACAUUUCUAGUCUUUAUUUCAAUUCAAGGCCAGCAAACCUGAUUAAGCUACUUAUAAACCCCUUUAUUUGACAAAUCAGGAAGAAUUUCAUGAAAAUCCACUUAACAUACAUGACUGAAAGCACAAAUGAUUAAUAUUUUCAAUUUACUUCUACUGCCUAGUGAGUGGAGGGAACUGAAGCAAGUUUUUUGGUUAUAACUCCUACAUUACUCUAACCUCAGUAAGUCCUGUUCCAUAAAUACAACAAUGAGAGAAGUGCAACUCCUCUAAACAAAGGACAUUGACUUGCAUUAUACAGUGUUGUUUUUAAAAAUAUGCAGGUCAUUUGUAAUCUUGCUUAUCUUCUAUAAGUAGAUGCACAAACUUGAAGGAACACUGAUAUAGAUUUAACAUUUAAUUAAAAUGCAAAAACAUCAUCUGAAUUUUUAUAUAAAACCAAUUGUUCCUAUUUCUAACAAUGAGAUCAUUUUCUUAAAAUGAAAAUUUGUUUUUAUUUUAUAUAAAGGAAUUGUCAGUCCAUUUCAGAAAAAAAUAACAAUAUUACUACAAAUUGUAUCAUGCUACAACGGUAAUAAACCUUAGUUCUAAAUGAUUUAUUUUCAGUUUCAGGUGAAAAACUCUUAGGCUUCACUGGUGGGGAAGUAACCAAUUGUUAAGUUCAACACAAAAAAAAAAAAAUUAAAAAAAGAUUUGAACCUUCUGUUUAAGAUUUCACAUUGCAAAUGAUUUAUUUUGCAUAAAGUUAGGAAAACAUUCUAAUAAUAUUUGAAUGAUAUUAUACUGUAGGUAUAGUGCAUUCAAGUACAAAAAAAAUGAAAUAAAUAAAGCAUUUGGUACUUGUCAGAAAUAGUAAAGAAAAUUACUUUAGUGAAAUACACAAAUUAGAUUAUUCUGUAAAACUGUUUAAUUUUAUAAUGCUGUCCUCUUGAGCAUUUGUAAUAAUGAAAAUAAUUUUCUUACACUAUCAUGCUAAUCAACAUACAACAGUAAUAAUGAAUCUGGAUUUGAUUUUUUGCUUUGUCACCAUGUAUGUGUGGAAUUUGCACACUUUUCUCAGGUACUUAAGUGACAUAAAGUAACAUCCUGUCUUGUGAUCAAUGCUGCCAAAAUGGGCUCUGAUUUCAGUUAGUCGGUAAUAGAAAAACGUGGUGAGAAAAUGGAUGGAUAUAAUGAGUCAAAUAAUUGUGAAUUCCAAGAUAAAGUGUCUGCUGUAGCCAUGGAUUCCCUGACCAAAUUUGUCUUGGUAAAAUUUCAGCUGGUCUUUUUUUGUGUCAAAUGAUUUCUAAAAAAAUUCCAGUCGUUCAACAACCUCAUUGAACAGCUUCUUUCCACUCUUAAUUAAUGACACCAGAAAGGCCCCAUAGUGUGUUUAUUAUUUUAAUUAAUUAUUACCCUCAAUGGAACAAAAGUGAUGGGUUGAAAUCUUGGCAAGAUAAUUACAGUUAUAUUGAAUAUAAGACAUUUUCUUUAGUUAAAGUUUUUUUUUAAAAAAUACAGAUCUUACAAGAACUUGGACAUACAAGUAACAGAAACCAGCUAUUGUAAUAAAUGUACUAUUCAGGGCAAUGCAUGAAUAGAUUAUAGCUUAAAACUUGGAUGAAGCCAAAAAAAAAAAAAAAACACAGUUGUAGUUUUAGUGUUCCUUCAGGACAGUUUCUGUAAACACCUGGGGCCUCAUGUAUAACGCCGUGCGUAGAACCCACACUAUAACAUUGCGUAAGCACAAAAGCGGGAUUGUGCGUACGCACAGAAAAAUCCAGAUGCAGGAAUCUGUGCGCACGCAUACUUUCACGUUCUUCCACUACAUAAAUCCCGAUCAGCGUGAAAAGUAACGCACAUGCACGUGCCUUCUGUCCCGCCUCAACUCCUCCCAGAAUUACGCCUCUUUGAAUAUGCAAAUCAAUAUAAAUAGCCUUCUGUGAAAAGACAAUGGGAAAAGCACAGGGGAAAAUAUAAGAAUUUCAGCGAAUACCCAAUGAAAGCAAAGGAAAAACGUACUAUUUGUUGGUUUAAACAGUGGUACAAUCAACAAAAGAAAGUUGAUCGAGUGACAGAGUGUCGGAAAAACUCAAAAGAUCAAAUUCACAAAGUCGCACAGUGCCCGAAAUAAAAAAAAAAUCACAUAUCAAAGUCGCCGUGAAAAGGCAAGUCGUAGCCUACCGUCUGAGUGUCAUAUGAAAGCUUAUUAGGGUACAAACAAAAAACACAGGCACACAGUGGGGAAAAAAGCACGAAAUGUCAACUUUAAUCUCGGAAUUUCCACUUUAAUCACGUAGUUUAUUUUGCCAUUAAAGUAAAACAUCAUAAACUUCAUCUUAAAAUCGUUUAUUUUACUAGUUUCUCAAGUAGCAUGUUAAAUGCUUUGUUCUGUGUUUGAUCUUCUAUGUGCUCUAUGUGUGUGAAUCACUACGUGCUUCCGUUCUUUCUCUUUCUCCGACAGGACACAGAAUGCAUUACAUUCGAGAUAUUACAGCUCUCUGAAUAAUUAAAAUACUGAGAUGUAUACGUGAUAUCAUUUUCAUGAUGAUAGGAAUGAAAGCAUGUUAUUAAACAUGGGAACACGGUGGCGCAGUGCUUGUUCAUAUCUCACGCAAGAGGCUUGCUGCACCAUGUGCGACCUUCGAUGAAAUAAUUUAUUACAGAAGUACUGUCUCUUUCAAACGUACUAACCUCCAAUUCUUGUCCAUACUUUUCUUUCUCCAAUCGCCACACAAUCAGCUCUGUAAUAGACAUGAAGCCAUUUGUAAGCUUAGAACGCCGAUUCUUCAAAACUUUUAAGGAACAUUGAAAUAUCUGCGUAGUACAUGUUUAAUUAUUCUAUUCGUCUAUCCUUCCAGUGUCGCGUCAGCACCAGCAAGAAUACAGCGCAAGGCAGGAGCUAUCCUUGAACUAGCUAGCGCUGCGGCACCGUGUCCUCACAUGUUUAAUUAUUAACAAUACAGGUUAUUUAAAUGAAGUUUUAUCUGUAUACUAUAAGCAACAUAUUUUGCUGCAUUUCAUCUUAAAAAUGAUAUUGUCAUCAUACGCGCUUUAUAAAGUAGCGCAGGUUGUGCAAUAUUAUAACUGUAGUGCAAGUUUACAGUGAGGUGAUUGAGUGCGUUUAUAGUUCUUGGGAUGAAACUGUUUCUGAAACGCGAGGUCCGUACAGGAAAGGGUUUGAUGCUUUUUGCCGUGGUUGAGGUAGUGUGUACUUGAAACUGUAUACCGAUAAUUCUCUUUCCAGUCAUCUGCUGCUGUGAUUCACACUCAGAUACAGUGAUAUAAAUACUCCGAGUGGUGCAGUGAGAGUAAUAUGGAAAAAAAUGAUCCGCAGUGGCAACCCUUAACGGGAACAGCAAAAAGAAGAACAAGAUGCAGUGAGCGUAACAACGCUAAAGCAGUUAUGGUAUUUGGAAUACUAUGGCUAUUCCCUGGCCCAUUAUAUUGCUACAGGUUAAUUACAAUCAGAUGCGUUACACUAAUAAACAAUAUGCAGUUAAUUUCAGUGUAUUUAUAAAGCCGCGUCAGGAAUGUGGAGCUAAGAAAGAAAGGAUGAGCACACAGGAACAGUAGUUUGACCAUUCUGUGGACCAUUAUAUUGUUACAGUUAAUUACAAUUAAUUACAAUCAGAUACAUUAAAUUUAUGAACGAUAUGCCGUUAAUUUCAGUGUAUUGUAUUUGUAUUUGAUAAAUCCGCCGCCGUGGAUGUGGAUCUAAUAAAGGGUAAACACACAGGAACAGUAGCACUGCUUUGACACUGGGUGCCGCCAGUCUGCAAAACCGAGCGGAGAAAUUGCGUAAGCCAAGGUAUGAGUUACCGUGGAAAUGUGCGUGGCUUUACGCCAAGUUUAGGUUUUAUACAUCGCGAUUUGAGCGUGGAAAGGUUCGUACGCAACAUUUCUGUGCGUACGCACCGUUUAUACAUGAGGCCCCUGGUCUACCUCUUCACUUUUAAUCAAAAAUACAUAUUGCAUUAACAAGUAAUGGUGUUUGUUUAAUGUCAGACAAUGAAAUUUCACUGCAGUUUUUGAAUUGUAUUAGGGAUAGGUAGAUGUGGGAUGGUAUUUAAAAAGUGAUGUCCACAGUUGUAUAACGUCUAUGUAAGAUUAAUUAUAUUUUAAUGUUGAUUCAAAUGAUGAAACUCAAAGUUCCAUUUAACAAUGUAAAAAGUAUUAUGUAAAUAUAGAAACAUCUUGUAUAUAAGUGAAAAAUAAAAUUUAUUUCAGAUGGUUAUAUGUCUAUAAUUAAAUGCACAUUGCAUAAAAUAGUGCUGUUUUAUUUUUAUGUUUAGUAAAAAAAUAUAUAUUAAAUAUAAAUGGGAAUGUAUUCAAGCUUAACAUGCACUUUUCUCUUGGUUACAAAUUGUAAAAAAAAAAAAAACCUUGUUUUUAUUAUCCUAUUCAUUUAAAAAUGUUAAUUUCUCCUCUUAAUGUGAAAAAUACCUGCAUGUGGUAUAUAAGCUGACCUAGGAAUCACACAUUAGAACUGUGUAAAAUCAAGUCAGUAAAUAUUAUUCAUAAUCUUGAAACUGGAUGUUUUAAGUGUAUUUUAAAAAAACAGAAUUUCCUUUUACCAAACAAUUGUAACAAAGUACAUCUAAGGCUCUUGAGUUUUGUUUUUUUUUUUGCACACAGAAAAAUAUGGUUUGCAUGUAAAAAUAGUUGCUUUUUGUCAUGUGUCAUUAUUUAAGUCAAUAAACAUUUCAAAACAA